ACAUCAACCCAACCCCAACCCCAAGAGGCUCGACCACCACCGCCACCCAAAAUACAAAGUCAACAACCCCUCAAAAGAAAAGGGGUUCAUCUCAUCUAAUCCCAUCCCAUAUCUCAAGAUGACCAACAAAAUCACCGACUCCGAAUGGGAGGACAUCGUGACCCACGAACUCCCCUCCCCAAAUGAUCCCAUCCUGGCCAAAUACCACGCCGCCCGCGCCGCCCUCAUCGCCGAGGAAGCCAAACAACGCUCCGACCACGUUUUCCGUCAAUCCCUCUCGCCCCUCGCGCGCCGCGCCUGCUCCAUCGUCUCACGCAUCCGGCUCCAAGAACAAGCCAAAAUCUGGACGCCCGAUCUCGAAGAGCAGCUGGCGCGCAAAGAGGAGAACAACGGGAUCAUCAUUCAUCCGGGCAUGAUGUUUACCCUGGCAAAAGAGACGAUGGAGGCGACCAAGCUGUGGAAGAUUGUGCGAAAAAUGCCCAAGGGCGCGCUGCUGCAUAGUCAUUGUGAUGCCAUGGUUGAUUUUGAUUUUUUGCUGGGCGUGGUGUUGGAGACGGAGGGGAUGGGGAUUGCGACUCCCGAAAGGGGAGGGUUGGGGACGGAGGAGAGGAGGAGGGAGGGCGGGGUGGUUGUUAGGUAUGUUGGGACACUAGAAAAGAAGGUUGAUCCGGGGUUGAUUUGGGGGAGACAUGCACCCGGGAAGGAUGAAGGGGAUGAUGGGGAGGAAUAUGAGCCGGGCACGUUUGUUAACCUGGUGGAAGCGGCGGAUACGUUUCCCGAGGGAGGGAGACAAGGGUUCUUGAACUGGUUGAAGAGUAGGUGUAUACUGAGCCAGACGGACGCGAUUGAGCAGAGACAUGGGUCGGCGGAGAUUUGGAGGAAGUUUAUGAGGUGCUUUCAGGUUAUUGGGUCCAUGUUGCAUUAUGAGCCUAUCUGGAGGAGGUUUUUGAGACGGUUGUUGCAGCAGUUGGUGGAGGAUGGGGUUUAUUGGGUUGAGGUUAGAUUCGCCUGGCAACUCGACUACUGCCGCUCAGGCUGCACCACCCCCGAGCCCGACUACACCGCCAUGUUCACCGUAAUCGAAGAAGAAGUCGCCGCCUUCAAAGCCACCCCCGCCGGCUCCUCCUUCUGGGGCCUGCGCAUGAUCUGGACCACCGUCCGCGCCUUCGGUCCCCGCACCAUCAUCCAGUCCAUGAACGACUGCAUCGCCACCAAGCUCAACUUCCCCCAUCUCAUCGCCGGCUACGACCUCGUCGGCCCCGAAGACGCCGGCCGCCACCUCACCGACUUGCUCCCCGAGCUGUUCUGGUUCAAAAAGCAAUGCGCCGCCGAAGGCGUCGAAAUCCCCCUCUUCCUGCACGCCGGCGAGACGCUAGGUGACGGCGACGCCGUCGACAACAACUUGUUCGACGCCCUGCUCCUGGGCGCACGAAGAAUCGGCCACGGCUUCUCCCUCUACAAACACCCGCAGCUGAUCAAAGCCGUCAAGGACAAGCGCGUGUUGAUCGAGAGCUGUCCGAUUUCCAACGAAGUGCUGCGGUUGACAGGCAGUAUCAUGCAACACCCUCUUCCGGCGCUGCUGGCUAGGGGCGUGCCGUGCGCGCUGUGCAAUGACGACCCGGCGAUUCUGGGUCAGGAUAUGGCGGGCAUGACACACGAUUUCUGGCAGGCGUUGCAAGGGUGGGAGAACCUGGGUCUGGCUGGGUUGGGAUCGUUGGCAGAGAAUAGUGUCAGGUGGGCGGCGUUUGAGGAUCAGACGGCGGAGGAGUGGGCGAGGGAUGUGAGGGAGGCGAGUAUGGGGAGUGGGACGAAGGCGGAGAGGUUGAAGCAGUGGGCUGUUGAGUGGGAGAAAUUUUGUGUGUGGGUGGUAGAUGAGUAUGGGGAUGAGUAUGGUGGCGAUGAGGCGUGAGUGGGGAUGAGAUGGAGAGGAGAGGAUGUGAUGUGUGGGCACCGUCACAGUGAGUUGAGGACAGACAACUCGAGGCUGUUUGGGAAUUAGCCCGUUUGUUAUAGCGUUUUUAGAAUAUUGCUUGUUUGAUGGUUACUCUUCCAUUUUAUGCUGACGAAGCCGGCUUUGGCGUCCUGUAUCUUGAUGACUUCGGAAUGUUCUUCACGAUGCUGGUCAGGCGUUCAUAAAUUAUCAAAGGGAGUACCUGUU